GGUACAGCUCACUCGGUAACAGCAAAGAGAGGCCCAUCAGCCAAUCAGCUUCAACCAGGAAGUAGACAGCCACACGGACAUUGCGUAGCUACACUGGCAGCACCAACGUGCUAACGGUAAAGUAUCUGGGAGCAAAAGCUGCAUGCAGUCAUGUGGCCCAUAGUUUGGACAGCGAUGCGAACCUACACCCCUUACGUCACCUUCCCUGUGGCCUUUGUGGUGGGAGCAGUGGGCUAUCACCUGGAGUGGUUUGUCAGAGGGACUCCCAAACCUCGGGAGGACAAGAGCGUUGCGGAGCUAAGGGAGGAGAGGAAGCUGCAGGAACAGAUGGGUACAGACAGCACCCAGGUUCUGAGCCUGAAAGACAAACUGGAGUUCGCACCUAAAGCAGCUCUGAACAGGAACCGAUCUGAGAAGAGCUAACACAUGUGGGUGUGGGAGAGACUUGUGAUUGCACGCACCCAGCAGGAAGGUGGCGCACUGGAAGCAGAGUGGAUGAGCCAGAGGAUAUGGAACACACACACACACACACACACACACACACACACACACACACACACACACACACACUCUUUCCAUCACUUUAGCCAUGCAUUGGGCACCAAGAAGCAUUAGCAUACCUGUGUAAAUGUAAUACAUCUUUAACAACACAGACUUUAUUGUCGAAGCUGCACAUGUUCUUGGUCUUUUAUUGACUCAAAUGUAUGUGCUGUGUGUUUUUAUUCUUCCUUUCAUGUUGCUCAUGCCUGUUUGUGCAUGGACCUGUAACAAAACAAUGACACUAUACUAGCAACACCUCAAACAUCAAACCUCUGGGUGCCCAAUGUUGACCUAAAGACUGGGUUGGAUCAGAAUAAGUCAUUUUGUGGCAUUAUUUAAAUCUAUUGUGUGUACUAUGACACAAAUGUAUUUUUUUUGUCCCUCAUUGAAGCCUGUCACAAAUGUGUUUUCUCUUUUAAUCUUCUGUGAAUGUUAAGACAGGACUUCUUAUUGUCACAAUCAAAGCAAAGAAAGCAAGACACGUCUGAGUUGUACUUCUUUUAUCUCAUGUAUCCUUUGAUGGUAUGUGACAAUAAGCCAACAGUGUGGGAGGUCUCUCAGGAAGUUUAAGCUACUUAGUCCUACUGUCAGAAACAUCUACAUAUUAUUUUUUUGAAGUCUGGGUGGUUUGCAAACUUAGUGUUUAGAUUAUAUGUGUUUUGAAAAAUGUGAGCAUAAAGGAACUUUGUGUGUACGCCUGCUGUUGUAAACUGAUCGAUAAAUUCUGGCAUUUUGUCAUCA